AUGGCCAAUAACUUAACAUCUCAGGAAGUGACCGUUCAAGCUAGAGGCGAAGUGGCCGCUUUAGCUAGCACGGUCAACGGUAUGGUGGCUUUCUUGAGAGUCUUUGCUGCUGAAGUCACUCGCGUCGCUCUGCUUACUGGCACUGAAGGAGUUUUGGGCGGCAAAGCUGAGGUUGCUAAUGUCUCUGGAGAGUGGAAGACGUUGGUUGAUCGGGUUAAUACUAUGGCCAAGAAUCUGACCGAUCAGGUCCGAGAAAUCGCCCGCGUGACAACGGCUGUUGCAGAUGGCGACUUGACCAGUUACGUCACCGUUGAUGCUCGUGGUGAGGUUGGCCAACUCCGAGAUACAGUCAAUGCAAUGGUCCGGUUCUUGCAGGACUUCAACUCCGAAGUUACUAGAGUCGCCCUCGAGGUUGGAACUGCCGGUAAAUUAGGCGGGUCGGCUAAUGUUAAACAUGCCCGUGGAGAAUGGCACAAUCUUGUUACUGGGCUCAACCGUAUGGUAGACCGCGUGACGGGACAAGUGAGAGCAAUCAGUAGGUCGACUGCUGCUGUCGCUAAAGGAGACUUGAGUCAACGAGUCGAGAUUGACGCCGAAGGAGAAAUCUUGCAACUUGCGGAAACGAUCAAUGCAAUGUUGGGAAGGUUGAAUAUGUUUAGCACCGAGGUCGUCCGUAUCGCCAGAGAGAUUGCCGAUGGUAAUCUCAACGUGAGAGCCGAGGUCGAGGCCGUUGAGGGUGUCUUCCUUCACAUCAUCAGCGAGGUUAACAAAAUGUCAGGCACGUUAAGUUCACAAGUAGGAACCUUUCAGGCCAUUACCGAUGCAGCCGCCGCAGGUGACUUCAGUAAAAUGGCCAACAUCGCUGCCAAGGGCGACAUCCGUGCCCUUCAGAGUAAUAUCAAUACUAUGGUCACUAAGCUCAGGACGGCUUUUGAGAGUAAUGUUAAAGCCAAGGAGGCCGCUGAGGCUCAUUCGUUGGCUAAGAGUCAAUUCCUUGCGAACACGAGUCACGAGAUCCGAACCCCCUUGAAUGCUAUCAUUGGCCUGACUUUCGAUACCUUAGGCAGCAACCUUACCCGGGAACAACGUGAGAACUUGAACUUGGUUCGCGGGCAGGCCGAUGCACUCUUACGAAUCAUUAAUGAUAUCUUGGAUAUCACUAAGAUCGAGGCUGGUCGGAUGGCUCUGGAACGAUGUACCUUCUCCCUGCGUGAAGUCAUCUUUGAGGCUCUUACCAGUCUUGCCUUCGGAGCUGCCGCUAAAAACUUGGACGUCUUUCUCGAAAUCCAUCCCGCCGUACCCGAUCUCGUCGUCGGUGAUGGUUCUCGAUUAGGACAAGUCGUCAAGAACUUGGUUGGUAAUAGUCAAAAGUUCACUACGUCUGGCUCGAUCACUUUGACUGCUCAUCUUAUGGGCACCGAUCCAGAAGGUCGAUGGAGAGUCGAAUUCCAUGUGAUUGAUACAGGUAUUGGAAUUGAGGAAGAUAAACUUCAGCGCAUCUUCGACUCCUUCAUGCAAGCCGAUGGGUCAGUCACUAGGAAAUAUGGUGGGACUGGUCUUGGCUUAACAAUUUCGCGUAACUUGGUUCAAAUGAUGGGUGGACAUUUGGAUGUGGAAUCCGAAGUAGGCAAGGGUUCAGAUUUUGGAUUUGAUGUGAUUUUGGGACCAGCGGAUCCAGAAGUAGAGUUACGAAAGCAGAUCGAGAAGAUAGAUACAGACCAAUGUGUAUUGCUGAUCGAUGACAAGGAGCUAGAUGAUGUUGAAGCGUCCUGCCUGAAGUUUGGACUAUCGGUUCACCGGGUACCAUCGAUCGAAGAAGUGCCUUCGGGAGACUUAUUCGAUUGCGCAAUCAUCUCAACGAUCGAAGAAGCCGAUAAACUUCGCUCUAAUCGUUUCUUACCUCUUGUACUUAGGGCUGCUACUCUCCCUAAACUUGAUAUGCGUCGCGCUCUUGAUUUCUCUCUUGCUUCGGUCAUCGAAACUGGGAAGGGCGAGGCUGAGCUGUGUAACGCUCUUCAUAUCGCUCUCAAGAAAAGUAUGCGAAAGUUGGGUAAUCAUGAUGUUAAGGCGGAUUGGAAAAUCCUUUUGGCCGAAGACAAUAAAAUCAAUCAAAUCGUAGCUCGUAGAUUAUUAGCUAGUUCAGGUUUAAAAUGUUUAGAAGUAGUUGAGAACGGACAAGAAGCAUUUGAAGCAGUCCAAGCUAACCAAUACGAUAUCGUCUUGAUGGAUGUUUCGAUGCCUGUUAAAGAUGGUAGAGAAGCUACACAAGAUAUCAGGAUGUGGGAACAAACGCAUUCAGUCACUCCUGUGCCUAUCAUCGGCGUCACUGCUCAUGCACUCGUCGGAGAUCGUGAAAAAUGCAUGAAAGCUGGGAUGUCAGGCGUUUGUACCAAACCUUUGUUGGCCCCUGAACUCUUGGCUGCGAUGAGUAAAGCGAUCUCUCUUCAUCGUCAAUUUGCUAGACUUGAAACGAGUAAAUACGCCCGAUGA